AUGGAACGACUUCAUAGUUCUUAUGCUUCAUUGCAGUUUGCGGCGCACGCAUCAGUUCCUAGAAAGCCUUAUAAUGAAAACUUUGGAAUUGUUGCAACCAUAGAUGUGUAUGGUCAUAAUAUUCGUCAUGGCCAAAUGAGUGCGUCUUCAAUUAUGGUUGUGAACCUUGGUGAUGGGUCAAAAGAAACGUACAAUUCUAUUCGUGUCGGCUGGAUGGUAUCUCCUGAACUAUACGGUGAUUCAUAUGCUCACGUCUAUACUCAUUGGAAUGGAGAUGGAUAUGGGAGAAAGGGGUGCUACAACAUGGAAUGCCCCGGUUUCCAAUUGGAACAGGGAUCAAAAGUAGCUCCGGGUGCUAUCACAGCUAAGGCUCCAACUACGGGAGAUCGGUCAAGUAAAAAUUGGUGGGUGUACUACGGCAUGGACAAUAACACCCCGACAGCAGUUGGCUACUAUCCUGGAAACCUGUUUUCAGGAUUAGCAGAAAAGGCUAGUGGCAUUGCUUUUGGUGGUGAAGCACGUGCCAGGAGAAGCCUUCCAACUCCUCCAAUGGGCAGUGGAUUCUUACCAUCACCAAGCGCAGCAUCCAUGGCCAACCUUCAGUUUGUUGACCAGGAUGGUCAGAGCAUCCCUAUAUCAUCAGAUUUACCGGUUAUUGCAGAUAAACCGAAAUGUUAUUAUGUAUCACCAAUUGUGGGUGCCAAGUUUUUCUUUGGUGGUUGA